UUGGAAGCUGUGGGUAGUUACUUUAACGAUUAACGUGGACCAAUCAACAACUCAUCACCUGCAAAUUAUGGAUUAUUGUUGAUGAGAACUUUAAUUAUGGGUGCCUUAACUUAUAUUCUGGUAACUUGUUUGCUUUUACAACAUACAGAAGUCUUGGCACUACCAAUUUGGAAUCUUGUUCACGACGUAAUACAAUGGAACCUGGUUGGCAUACCAAUAAUUCAUCAGAAAACAAAUUGGAAUUUCGAUCCAAGACUUGGAGAAUAUAGACGAGGAAAAUAUGUCCAAGAAAAUGGAGACUUAGGAAAGGACCUAAUUAAACGAUUAGGCCAGGGAGUUGAUGUCACACCUCCCAUUCGUCUUUCCAAACAAUCCUAUUGAUUAUUUCGUUACUUAUUAAUUAAUUAUAUUUUUUGUUUUAACUAUAAAAAUAAUUCUUUCAUACCACGAAAAAUUAUAUCUGCUUAAAAUGGCAAAUAUUGUAUAAUAGUCGAUAAUUUGAAUAAAAAUGUGUAGGUUGAAAUUUAUUUUCCCUGACAAUCCCAGAUA